UGUUAGUUUUUCUGAAUCUGCAGAGGAACACGUGCGCGCGAAAACAGAAUCACUAGAUCACACACAGCCAGGAUGCAGAGCUCCUUCAUCCCACUGAGCGCACGGCGGUUUCAGCAGCGGGCGCAGGUGGAAACCCCGGACACACUCUACUGGGACCGAUUGGCGAAACCGGAGCUCCUCAAGGAGCACAACACCAUCGACUAUGUGGACUUCAGCCCCAGCGAUCCGGAGAACUUUGUGCUGACCUGCUCGGUGCGCGUGCAGAUCUACAACCUGGUGACCAAGCUGGUUGUCAAGAAUCUCUCCCGAUUCCAAAAGACCGCCUACGGAGCCACCUUCCGGCAGGAUGGGCGACUCCUGGCCGCCGGCGACGAGGAGGGUCACGUCAAGCUGUUCGACACCACCAGCCGGAAUAUCCUGCGCCUGUUCAAGGGUCAUACGGCGCCGGUGCAUCGUACCUUCUUCACGGCGGACAAACUGCAGCUGGCCAGCUUUGGCGACGAUAAGGCGGUCCGUCUGUGGGAUGUAGCCAACGAGAAAGUAGUGCAGACCUACGGGGACGCGCACACGGACUACAUUCGCGCCGGGGCCAUGCACCCGCAGGCGGCGCACAUGUUCGUCUCCGGCGGCUACGAUGGCAAGAUCAGUCUCUACGAUACGCGUGCGCAGACGGCGGUGCAGCGCACUUUGGAUCACGGAGCUCCCGUGGAGUCCAUGUUAUUCCUGCCCAACGGCUCGAUCUUCAUCAGCGCCGGUGGCAGCCAGGUGCGCGUUUGGGAUCUCAUUAGCGGCUGUCGCCUGCUCACCAUGAUGUCGCAGCAUCACAAAACAGUGACCUGUUUGCGGCUGGGCUCCGAUGGCAGGAGGCUGUUCUCCGGCGGGCUGGAUCGCCACGUCAAGAUCUACGAUGUGAGCACCUACAAGACGGUGCACACGCUGACCUAUCCCAAUGCCGUGGUCAGCAUGGCCGUCGCCAGCGGGGAUCAGGCUGUUGUGGCUGGCAUGGUCGAUGGUCUUGUCUCCAUUCGUCGCAUGAUCGUGGACAGCAAGCCCAGUCAUUUGAAAAAAAUCCGAGCGGAUCGGGAACGCAAUAUGUACAAGGCGUCGACACGACCAAAAGACACCCAGCAGCCGGAUCACAUCAUCAAGGACCGGGUCAAGGGACCGGGAUUGAAAAACUACGAUGUGCAGCUGCGCAGGUUUAACCACAAGAAAGCAUUGGACGAUGUGAUGGCGGUCCGGAAGAUGGAAAAGCACCCGGAGGCCGUGGUGGCGGUCAUCACGGACCUGCUGCAUCGAAGAUGUCUAUACAAGGCUCUCAUUGAUCGUCCCGAAAAAGUGCUCGUAAGGUUUAUCAACUUUGUGAUCAACCAUUUGGGUGAGAUACGAUUCAUGCGACCGCUGUUGAUGGCCGCCAGCACAAUCUUGGAUGUCUUCGAGCGGCAACUUGUGACCUACAGCCAGAAUCUGAUGCAGGUAUUAGAACGAUUGGCUCACGUUAUGCAGCGGGAGGUGAAGCUAACCACCGAUCUGAUGCAGCUAAAGGGCGCCAUUGAUAUGCUCAUUGGAGUUUCAAUGGACAAUGGCGAAGUGGUUCAUAAAUCCACAUAUGUGGACACCAAGGGACAGAAGAUGCAGCCCUCGUCGGCGGCGGAGAAGUACGUGGUCAUGGUGGAGUGACCCAGGGCAUCGUCAUUUAACGAUUCGGAGUGAUAGUUUAAGUCUAAAGCCGUUAGUCUAACUUUAUUUAAUGUAGGCAUACGCCAAACAAAUAUUUUUUUUACUUAAGUUUGUGAAGCUAGUUUAAUAUUAAAAGUGUUAGCAACCAA